GAUUAUUGUGAAUACUCCAAGCAUUUGAAAGCAGUUUCAAGUUUGAUGGCAAAGCUAGAAACUGCUAACUGUUUUACGUUCUAUACAAGUAGAAUUUCCAAAGCUUUUCCCAGCGCUCUCCAGCUAGUAUCCUUUCUUUCAAUGCUGGGAAAUGCUCUCAAGAGCUGGAGAACAUCGCCCAGGUUUUGCAGAUGGACAUUGGUCAUUUUUCGUGUGCAAGAUUCUGUCAUUUCGGUUUACCGUAGAUUAGCGCAUCCAAGGGGUGUUGUCAUACAAGUUGCUUGGUCUCCAGGUGGCCACCUUUUGCUAACUAGGCUUUCUCGUAGCAUCAAUGUAUGGACGCAGCACGGUAUCUUACAGAAGACUAUCAGUCGACUGACAAUUGUAGAAUCAAUCGUUUGGCUUCCAGGCACCGGUGAAGCAAUGUUGUGAAGCUGAGUUCGAAUGGCAAGGUGAGUAUAACCUCUGUUUUACAGAUAUAGAGUGACUGCAUCAAUUAUUACGUCCAGAUAUUAGGAAUAUACAAGUUUGAAAAUAUGAACCUGCAAGGCAUCGCUGUUACCCCCGAUGGAACGCGUGUUCUUGGGGUCGGAACUCUGUUAAAUUCUGCCGAUGGUCUUCGGCCAAGUCUUUCAAGAACGGAGAAACGGAU